GAAAAUUGGGAAGAGGGGUUGCCAUGGUUUCCACGCUUGUGACAUCACCGGAAACAGGAACAGGAAGCGGCCAGGGCAAUAGAGGCAGCGGGGCGAGAGUGUUUCCGAAGAGGCAGCGAGGACGUCAAAGGCAGCGAUGAGCACCCCUGGGGGGCUAGUUACCAACCGCGGACGGCGUUUCAAAUGGGCCAUUGAGUUGAGUGGUCCAGGCAGUGGGAGCAGAGGCCGGAGUGACCGGAGCGGUGGCCAGGGAGACACCCUCUAUCCCAUCGGCUACUCAGACAAGCAGGUGCCAGACACAAGUGUCCAGGAAACGGAUCGCAUCCUAGUAGAAAAGCGCUGCUGGGAUAUCGCUCUGGGCCCCCUGAAGCAAAUCCCUAUGAACUUAUUUAUCAUGUACAUGGCAGGCAAUACAAUCUCCAUCUUCCCCACUAUGAUGGUCUGUAUGAUGGCCUGGAGGCCCAUCCAAGCACUCAUGUCCAUCUCUGCCACCUUCAAAUUACUUGAGAGUUCAAGCCAGAAGUUCUUGCAGGGCCUGGUGUACCUAAUUGGCAACUUUUUAGGGUUGGCCUUGGCGGUUUACAAAUGCCAAUCAAUGGGACUGCUGCCAACUCAUGCCUCCGAUUGGCUAGCUUUUAUUGAGCCACCUGAGCGCAUGGAAUUCACGGGUGGGGGUCUAGUGUUAUGACCCAACCCAGUUCCAGAAACCAAUUGCUGCUUUAGAUGCCUGGAUCGCUACUGUAGAAUACUCGUCACCCAUCGCUCCUAAUAAGACUGGCAGAUGAAGAUGCAGACAGAAUGUGAAAGACUGAUGUUCUCUGCCGAGGGAGGAGCAGGAGGCUUAUCCUGACAUGCUCUUUUCACCUUCCCCGCUGUGGUGAAAGCAGAAUAAAAGUGUUAUGCACAUGUG